CUGGAAUCGAGUGGUUCGACGACGUUCUUUCGAGUUUUUGAACUUUUUCCAGUUGCGACGACGCGGUCACGGGAUAGUAACAUUCGAUUCUGCACUUUUCAUUCUGGAAUCUCACGCUAUCCGGGAUCGGAUCGUACGUAGCGCAGCGGGAACCACGCUUUUACUCACUCAAGUUGGUGAAGCGGAUUUCAGUUCCGAUUAUUCUCAUCCAACUAAGAAGGCGCUGCAAUUGCGAAUCUCAACUGCAAUCACCACUCAGCCAACCCCUAGCAGAGAAAAUUGCGCCUCAUUCACCAAGCACACACCAAAAUGUCCAAACCCUCAUCCAACGGGUCCGGCCCCAACGGCAACGGAGGCAAACCCCCCGUCGCCCCCGACCUCAACCAAGUCCUCAACUCCAUCUCCCUCUCCAUGUCCAAGCACCGCGGCUUGUUGGCCUCUCUCUCCAAGCAUCGCCCUUCGGCUUCCACUACCACCACCAGCGGUUCAACAACAGCAAGCAAGCCGACCACCAAGUCCGGGGGAUUCUCAACCCUUCUGCAGCAGCAAAAAUCAGCAUCGACGACGACACAUGCAGAGCAGGAGGGAGAAGAAAAAGACGAAGACCGCAAAAUCCCAGACCACGAAGAAGAAAUCAGGUCGAUACUCAACCAACCUCCCAAUGCUGGAUUGGGUUGGGUGCCGCCGUCCAAGUCUGACAACAACAACAACGGUGGAAGCCAAGGAGGAAUGCAGGGGAGCAAAGAAGACAGGGAGUUAAGGAGGAAGAUGGGGUUAAAGUGGCAGCAGCCCGGCGGACAGCAGCAGCAGCAGGGACAGAAGAGAAAAAAGAUGGAGGAGGAGAGUGAGAGUGAGGAGGAGGUGGGCAGGGCGGGGGCUGUCAGGGGGAAGAGGAGGGGUGUGGUUUCUGCGGAUUUGGAUGGAAAUUCAAGGGGGGGAAGAGGAGCGGGAAAAAAAGGCAAGCCUGGUGGUGGUGAUGCGAAGGGGAGGGGAGCUGUGCCUUUGCCUGUGUCAGGGGCAAUGCUUGGACAGGGGAGCAAGGCAGUGGCGGGUGAUAACAAGGUGGUGAAUGAAGGACAGGGUCAGCCGGAUAAGGCAGAGGAAAAUCCUGCUUCUGCUGCUGCUGCCACGAACGAAGUCACGGAUGGCCAGCGUAAACCAGACGCAAGCGCAAAGCAGCAACCAAGUCCGACGACAGCCACCACCACGACUCCGCCAACAGAUACGCCCAAGCCAGCAGAUAGCGAACCUGGCACAACUUCUGGGCAGUCUCAACAGGCCAAGAAAAAGAAGGAAAACGAAAACAGGAAAAAGAAGAAGAACAAGAAGAAGAGGAGAAAGGCUGCGCAGGUCGAGGGCGGAGAGGGAGCGCCAGUUAAUGGGAAACAGACAGAAGAGGAUGGCGGUCGUGAUGAUGGGGAAGAGUCAGAGUAG